AUCACGCACCGUUGGAUCCGUUGUCGAACCGCGAUCGCGACCAGCAAAACUUGGAUUCUUCGACUCGCCAACACCGCCGCCCCCCAACUCCGUUGUCUCGCUUCGUCUUGUAUUAGGGUUAGGGCUUCCUUCUCUCUCUCGGUCGGUCGCUCGCUCGCUCGCUCGCGUUCGCAUUCGUCUUCUUGGCGAUCGAUCGGAGAGGAAUAGCAGCGGCGAGCAGCGAUGGGGACGCCGGAGACCUCGCGGGAGCCGUGCCCGGAUCGCAUCCUGGACGACGUUGGCGGGGCCUUCGGCAUGGGCGCCGUGGGUGGAUCCGCCUUCCACUUCAUCAAGGGCCUCUACAACUCUCCCAACGGGGAGCGUCUGGCGGGCGGAGUGCAGGCCGUCCGCAUGAACGCUCCCCGUGUCGGCGGCAGCUUCGCCGUCUGGGGCGGUCUCUUCUCUGCCUUCGAUUGCUCCAUGGUCUACCUCCGCCAGAAGGAGGACCCCUGGAACUCCAUCGUCGCCGGCGCCGCCACUGGCGGCUUCCUCCAGAUGCGCCAGGGCGCUGGCCCCGCCGCCCGUUCCGCUCUCUUUGGCGGCAUCCUUCUCGCUCUUAUAGAGGGUGCCGGCAUCAUGCUUAACCGCGUCCUCAGUGCCCCCCAGAACCUCCCACCGAUGGAAGAUCCCAUCCCGGCCGGGCUGCCGCCCAACAUUGCAGCGAUGACUGCGGCGGCCGGAACCUCGUCAGCCACGACUGGGGGGUUUUCACAGGUGGGGUAUCAACCAAAUGAGUCUGUCGGUGCCACCUCCUCGUCAUCUUCUUCCUCCUGGUUUGGAGGUUUCUUUGGAGGUGGGAAGAAGCAAGGUGAUGAUUUGCAGGGUGGUGGCAGCAAGACUGAGGCGUUGGAGAGUUUCGAUACGCCCAGUACACCAAUUCCAAGCUUUGAGUACAAGUAACCAAUGAUAAGGAAUUUUCUUUAGGUACGAGGUAUGUUUGGAAGCUUUGUGCAAAUAAUUUUGUCACUGUGCUUUUGGUUGCAGUUGGACUCAUUGCCUUUGACAAUUGAUACAAGAUAAUGUAAUCAUUUUGGAGCUUUCCAUCAAUGGUUUGCUAUGUCUCUACUUACCAUUGUUUAUCCAGUUGAUUUAUUUUCUGCUUCA